AUGUGUGGAAUCUGGGCUGUGUUCGGUAGUGAUGUAGAUGUCUCCGUGCAGUGUAAGGUGUUCCACAAGGUCGCUCACCGGGGACCGGACUGCUUCAGGAUAGAAAAGAUCAACCAUUUCCAGAACUGCUGUCUUGGAUUCCACCGAUUGGCCAUCCUUGAUGACGUCAGAGGGAUGCAGCCAAUGAGACUACACACUCAUCCUCACCUAUGGCUGAUAAACAACGGGGAGAUCUACAACUAUAAAACGGUAGCCAAAGAACAUGGAUUCCAUCUGAGCACCAACUGCGACAUAGAACCAGUCAUUCACCUGUAUGCCAAAUAUGGUAUUUAUUUCCCCGCCCACCUGGAUGGGGUGUUCGCCUUCUGUCUUCUCGACACAGCCAACAGGAAAGUUUUCAUUGGUCGAGACACGUUUGGAGUCCGCCCCUGCUUCAAGCUUGUCACAGACAGUGGCUUCCUGGCUGUGUGCUCAGAGGCUAAAGGUUUAUUUGGUCUAAGGCAUAACCUCACUGACGAGGCAGCUGACAUCGUCCACGUCGCCCCCGGUACAGUGGAACAGUACGACCUCGACAACAACGGACGAGCCACGUUCCGGGAGAUGAAACAGUUCCACUCUAUUGGCGACACGCCCCUGUACAAAACACCCGUCCCUCCCGACUCACUUGGAAGUGAUGUAGCGGAGAACAUCCGGGUGCUGUUAGAAACGGCGGUCCAGAAGCGAUUAAUGGCCGACAGAAGGGUUGGUUGUCUGUUGUCAGGUGGUCUCGACUCAAGUCUAGUGGCUGCAUUGUUAGUGAAGAAUGCCAAGGAACUAAGGCUGCCAUACCCGAUACAGACCUUCUCUACCGGCAUGGAGGGGAGUACAGAUAUCCUGGCAGCUAGAAAGGUAGCGCAAUUCUUGGGUACCGAACAUCAUGAGGUUAUAUUCACAGAGGAGGACGUCCUGAACGUCCUGGAGAACAUAAUCCGGCAUCUUGAGUCAUAUGAUAUCAUGAACAUCCGGGCCUCAGUCGGUAUGUUCCUGGUCAACAAGUACAUCAAAACUCAUACGGACACAGUGGUCAUCCUGUCCGGUGAGGGGUCUGACGAGCUGGCCCAGGGGUACAUCUACUUCCAUAAAGCCACAUCACCGGAAGCUGGGGAUGAGGAGAGCCGGAGACUGCUUGACAAUCUGUACAUAUAUGACAUAUUGAGAGCAGACAGGGUUACAGCUGCCUGGGGUCUCGAGGUCAGGGUCCCCUUCCUUGACCAUCAGUUCACCAGCUACUACCUGUCCCUCCCUGCUGAGGACCGCGUCCCCAGGAAGGGGGUUGAGAAGUACCUCCUCCGGUCAGCCUUUGAUGACAUGAACCUCCUGCCCAAGGACAUCUUGUGGAGGCCCAAGGAAGGAUUUAGCGAUGGAGUUUCAUCAAUCAAAAGAUCCCUUUUUGUAAUUAUUCAAGAUUUCUGUGAUAAACAGAUCAGUGAUGAAGCGAUGGAACGAGCAGCAUCCCUCUUCCCUUUCAACACCCCCAGGACGAAGGAAGCGUUCUACUACAGGCAGGUGUUUGAGAAGUACUACCCCUCCAAGGCAGACUGGGUUCCGUAUAUGUGGAUGCCGCGCUGGACAGAUGCGACUGACCCUUCAGCAAGAACACUUAGUCAUUAUAAAGAAACCUGCCUGAACUCAACAAAAGCACCGACCAUAUGUAAUUCUGUGUAGAUUUUAAUGAAAAGUAUUUGAGCCCCGUUUUAUCAAAAUAUAAAAACAUAAUGAUUCACGUCGAAAAUAUAUGUGUUGUGAAUUGUUGUUUUCAGAGUCUUCUCCUCCCGUCAGUGAUCGCAGAUGUUUGUCUUGAAGCAGCAUCUGGAUAUAC